UUCCAUUGAAGUCGUUUUUGAUGCGAUUAUAAUUUCAAAGCAUCUCGCUUAUAAAGAUUAUCUAAAGAGACUUUGGGCAGACAGAUUUUUGUGACAAUAUGUCAAGUUUUCUUCCUUCGAUUGACACCGUCCGUAAAAGUUCACUCGUAUCUGCGAAGAGGAUUUACUCCAACGUAGAUUCUAUGGUACAAACUUCGAGUAAUGGCCGCACAGGAAAACAGAAGAAAAGAAGGAACCGGGAGCUGUCAACGGAUGAUCAGAUGCUCCAGCAGAAAGUUGACAGAACAAAAAAAUAUUCUCAGGAGUUGAAGUUACGGAAGGAUGAAGCCCGUAUUGCGCGUGAAGAGAGCUUGGUAGAACGAGAAAACAUAAAGGCUCUUAAAGAAAUGGGGCUCCGUGAAAAGAAAAGACUGAAUCAGUUAUUUUCGGUCUACGCAGUACAGCAAGGAUCCUCGUAUAGAGACAGUGCAAAGGUUGUCAAACCGAAGUUUCCAGUUAUGUUAAAAAGUACAAAGAGUACAAUAAACACUGCAAUGUCAUGCGAGAAGAUUUCUUAUUCACACAACCCGUUUCCGAAUUUGACCUCUGAUAGCAGAAGAGGUUCCAAGGAAUAAUUUCAUACCAAGAAGAAAUAGUCGAAUUUCGCUUGGAAUCUGUCAGUAGUUUGUACCAUUUAGGAAGUAUUUGCCAACAUACUUUAUUGAUGUACAUAGAAUGGAGAAGCUUGCGACAAUUGGAAACCUUUAAGUCCCUUGUAAUUUGCAUUUUAAGGGCAUAGCAUGUGAUUGUUCUCGUAAAGUUUCAUUUUAAGAAUGUUUAUAAAGGCAGCAUAAAAGGUUAAUUCGUGAUUAAAAAUGUUUGUACAUAA